GCCGCACUUCCGGCGUGGCUCGGGAUGCUGCGGGCGGCGCGCGGCGGGGCGCGGGGGCUGUUGCAGGUGCGGACACCGGCACCGUCGGCCCGCGGCCGCCUCCCCCCGCAGCGCUGGCUUCAGCUCCGGCUGCUGCACCAGGAGCCCCUACCCGCCGCGCCGCCGCCCGCCGUGGGGCGAUGGCUUCUGGCCUGCAGCGGCGCCGUGGCCGGUGCCGUGGUGCUGGGCGGCGUCACAAGGCUGACAGAAUCAGGCCUCUCCAUGGUUGACUGGCACCUGGUGAAGGAGAUGAAACCCCCACAGACACAGCAGGAGUGGGAAGCUGAGUUCCAGAAGUACCAGCAGUUCCCGGAGUUUAAAAUCCUGAACCAUGACAUGACCCUGGCAGAGUUCAAGUUCAUUUGGUACAUGGAGUACUCGCACCGCAUGUGGGGCCGUGUCGUGGGCCUGGUCUACAUCCUGCCUGCAGCCUAUUUCUGGCACAGGGGCUGGCUCAGCCGCCCCUUGAAGGGCCGUGUGCUCGCCCUCUGUGGGCUGGUCUGCUUCCAGGGGCUGCUGGGGUGGUACAUGGUGAAGAGUGGGCUGGAGGAGAAGCCAGACUCGUACGACAUCCCUCGGGUCAGUCAGUACCGCCUCGCAGCACACCUUGGCUCCGCACUGGUCCUGUACGCUGCGAGCCUGUGGACAGGGCUGACUCUGCUGCUUCCACAACACAAGUUGCCUGAAACACAUCAGCUCCUUCGCUUGAAACAAUAUGUUCAUGGCACUACAGCUCUCAUUUUUCUUACUGCCCUUUCAGGUGCCUUUGUGGCAGGACUAGAUGCUGGCCUUGUGUACAAUUCCUUCCCCAAAAUGGGGGAGCACUGGAUCCCAGAUGAUCUCCUUGCCUUCUCUCCUGUGCUGAGAAAUAUCUUUGAGAAUCCUACAACUGUACAGUUUGAUCACAGGAUCUUGGGAAUUGCCUCCGUCACAGCUGUCACAGCACUGUACCUCUUCUCGCGGAAGAUCCCACUCCCUCGCAGGACCAGGAUGGCUGUGACUUCCUUACUGGCUGUGGCUUGCAUGCAGGUGGGCCUGGGCAUCAGCACACUGCUGCUCUAUGUCCCCACACCUCUGGCUGCUACCCACCAGUCAGGCUCCCUGGCACUGCUCAGCAUGGCACUGUGGCUCAUGAGCGAGCUCCGGAGAGUCCCCAAGUAACCCACCCGCAGGAGAGCCCUGCCGGAGGGAGCUGCAGCGCCGAACUCAGGGGCGGCCCAGACCCUUCACCCCGGGUGCACGGGCGGAUGUGCGCCCGGACGGGUUGGCGCAGGGAGGCGGCGGGUGUGAGUGUAAACUUUGUAACAUAAAAGAGUUUCUGCGGAGCA